AGAUGGCCGCAGCUGCCGUCUCUGCGGCCGUUGCCGGCGGCCGCCGCCACCCGCCGGCGAUGUUGGCCGCGGGCCUGACCCUCGCAAAGCCGCCGUCGGGAGGCGGCAUUCACCAUGGCCGAGGCUCGGCGCGAUGCGCAGGCGCCGCCGCGCGCUGCGCCGGAGGCGCUGCACCAGCGCCGCUUCUCCGCCCCCGUCGGCGCUCCCUCUUCCGGGGCGUGGUCCAGAACCUCCAGCCCACGAGCCUCCAGGCCAUCCCUGAGGAGGAGUCUGGACGCUCCAGCUGCGCUUCGUCCUUGCGCUCCGCUGUGACGCUGAGCAGCUCCAUUGGAGGCUCCAAGGGCAAGAAGGAGCAGAAGGCGCGGACCCGCCUGGACGACGGCAGGCCGCCCACGCCCACGGAACGCGACAGCCCGGGCCGAGCGGCGCAGCCGCGGCCCGACGACGCGCGCCUCGCCCCGCGCAUCGGGGACCUGAACAAGAUCCUCGACGCCCGGGGCGACCAGCACACCUGACCGCGACGUUGCACGGCGCUCCGCAGAAGCAGGCCGCCGCCGGCGACUUCUCGAGCGACCCGGAGUGGACCACCCGGCGCGGCAGCGACGGCGAGCCGCGCGGGGACCACGACGCGGUGGGCGCGGCCACCCCCCGCGGCGACGGGCACCAAUUCCCGCCCGUCGGCGCGAAGGACACCCCGCGCAGCCUCCCAGCACGCCCCGGCCGGUGGCAGACGGCGGACGCCUUCCACGGGAGCCUGUCGCCGAACUCGCUGCUGCUGCCCGCGCUCUCGAAGGCGGAGGACGGCGCCGACUUCGGCCCCUUCCCGGACCCGACCUGGGGUGCGGACUACAGCGGCCUGAGCGGGUCGUCCGACGAGGCGUCGGCGAGUUUCGACGACCUGUCCGCCAGCGUGCAGAGCCUGAUCGCGGGCGCCGCGGUGCCGCUGAGGAGGAGGAGAACGAAACGCUCUGACUGUCCCCCGUCGGCGAGGGUCCGGCCAGAGCAGAGCGUGCUCGUACAAGG